UAAGAGUUGUUCCCCUUGAAAACUUAAAUCAUUCAGUGACAUCUUUUUGAGUUGCGCCGACGGUGGUUUUUUUUUUCUUGUAACAGUCACGAUGGCAGAUGACGAGAGGCAGAGGUAAAUCGGAUAAACUUUCAUCCGAUGCUACCGAGAAUCUGCGAGUUCUGAAUGUCCACACAAGUCAGUGAAUGCACAAUCGACAGAUUCUUGCCUCAACAGACGACAUAAAGGGACGUUAAGUAAUUCUGAAGAAUAUUUUUUUCUCAAUUUCGCCCAUUCUGUCCACCCAUAUUUAUCACUGGACGCAAAUUUUCUGAAGAUGGAUCUUCACUUUUCGCCACUUGUUUGAAACAAAGAGUAAAUUACACAGGAAAUGAAUGAACAGUCUGCUUUUUUUUUAAAGUAUAAAGUUUCCCCGUAAGUGGAAAGCUUCAGAUAAACGGUGGACACAAUAGGAAUUAGGAAGUUCCAUUUUUGGAUUUUCUAUAAAAUUACAGCGCACAAACAAAUCAUUGAAUCUAUGUUCUCUGUAAAUUACUGGCAUAAAUUUGCACCUUCACAUUAAGUUACCUUAUUAUAGUUUUGUCUUGAUCCGAUGAUUUUAAUGUGAAAUUAAGGCAGAAAGGAACACCAACUCCAGCAUAUCGAUACGUGUCUUUACAUUGAGUGGUAAAUGGCAGGCGUGUUUAUCGAUUGAAAAUAGAGCGAAAUGACUGCGAAAUAUAACUGUACCAAAGAGAUUCUGACCAUAGUUUUGGAAGAACAUAUUCUGUGAAGAAAAUAUAAUUUAGAGAUCAAACAAACAUCUUUUAUAUAAUGAAAUUAUUUUAAACAAAUCAAGGUGACCAAAUCAAUGAAAUAAUUUGUUAAUUGUCUAACGCUACCUUUCAGGGUUUAUUUCAGCAGACAGAACGUACACCACUCAGGAAUUGAUAUACUUUCAGAUUCGAAACCUCAACCAAAACCUCGUGAGGAUCGGUGGAAAAGAUACAACAAUGUCUCGAUUUACUAAUUGCGUUCAGCGCUAUUGCUCGUGUCGAUGGAGAUUAUGCUAUAUUUGUGCAAUAGCUUCUGUUUUGGUGCAAACAUUAAGAGUCGAUAUAAGUAUGGCGUUUGUUUGUAUGUUGAAAACCCCGAAUCGUACGAGCGAAGAAGUUAACGUUACUACAGACAACCAACAUUGUUCCGGAUUCGAUAACCGUUCAAUGAUCGAAAACUAUGAAGGAGAGUUUGAAUGGAGCGACACGUUACAAUCAAACACACUGGCUGGUUUCUUCUAUGGAUAUAUAGCAACUAAUUAUUUGGGUGGUUUAUUGGCCGAUAAAUACGGUGCGAAAAGAGUUGUCGGAGGUUCAAUACUCUCAGCAUCUAUUCUGACCAUUCUUCACCCAAGUCUGUCUCGAAUUAGUGGUUACUUGACCCUCGUUCUAAGGAUAUUAACAGGUAUGGCAUCAGGACCAAUAUACCCGGCGUUUCAAUCCUUAUAUGGACGUUGGGCGCCUCCACAAGAAAUUGGUUCGUUGGUUGGGCUUACUUUUGCUGGUCUGUUUCUGGGUAAUAUUGUAGGACUUUCAAUAUCAGGUUAUCUUUGUCUUUAUGGAUUUGACAAUGGAUGGGGUUCUAUAUUUUAUAUAUUUGGUGGAUUAUCGUUGGUGUUUAGUUGUGUGUGGUUUUAUAUUGUCUACGAUACUCCAGAUGGCCAUCCAACCAUUAGCGAAAAAGAACGUUCUUAUUUAAACAAAACUAUAAUAAGUAAAAAAGUGGUGAAAAAUGUACCAUGGAGACGACUGAUUUCUUCUCCCGCUGUAUGGGCCAUUAGCAUUGGCUGGUUUGCCCAUUGUUGGACUGCUUUCUCUUUCCAGGUGUUGCUACCCCUUUAUAUGAAAGAAGCCUUAAACGUUAAUACAACCUCUAAUGGUUUAAUGUCAUCUGCUCCUUCGGUCGGACUGAUCAUUGCACUGCCCCUGUGCGGGAACUUGGCUGAUUUUGUACGUUCAAAGAAAUACAUGUCAACUCGUUGUGUUCGCGUUUUAUUCCAAAGCAUUGCCCUGAUUCCUUCAGCAUGUCUGUUGAUAGUCAUAGGAUUCCUUAGAUGUGACCAAACCAUUCUAAUAACUAUCUUAUUGUUUCUCAUUGGUAUAACUCUAUCAUUUUCCAGUGGUGGUGUUAUCGUCAACAACAAUGACAUUGCCCCAAGUUAUUCUGGUAUUAUAUUUGGAAUUGCAACUACUUUCGCUACGGCUUCGGGAUGUAUUUGUCCCUUAUCUGCAAAAGCUUUAGCCCCAAACGGUACACAAGAAGAAUGGCAGAUCGUGUUUGCCUUAAAUGCUGCUGUAUGUGUAGUUAGCGCAAUAUUAUAUGCAAUAUUAGCCAGAGGAGAAAUUCAAGAUUGGGCGAUUUCGGAAGACCCUGGGCUAUCUGUUCCCCUUAACGACAUGAACACAAAUAAAUCGGUUUAACUAGUUUACUGAAAUUUUAGUUAGACCAAACAUAGCAUUAUCAACUAGAAUGCAUAGUUCACUUUAUUUCAGUGAUUCCGUAAUGUGUGUAUGUAUGUAUGUUGUAUGUAUGUAUGUAUGUAUGUAUGUAUGUAUGUAUGUUGUAUGUAUGUAUGUAUGUAUGUAUGUAUGUAUGUAUGUGUUUGUAUGUACGUAUGUAUAUGUGUGUGUAUGUAUGUGUGUACAUACGUACGUACGUAUGUAUUUCAUAAAAAUUAUAGCUAUGAAAUUAACAUAGAAUUAUAUGCUACUACAUUUUAAGUAAAAAUUCAGAGAGCGAUAUCGCUGUAGAGACAUCUUUUGUUAGCUUUCCUACAUCAUCUCCUCUCUGUCUUUCUCUCUGCCGUAUCUAUUUAUCUGUCAAUCUAUUUACAAUUUGGUAAUCUAGAUUUUAUAAUCUUUCUUCUUCAUUUAACUUGAGAAGAAAAUGUGAUGCCACGAAUCUUAGUAAAUGUAUUUGGGAUCUGAAAGUGACGAAGAUUAACUACGAUAUAGAGUGGUCCAUUAUGAUCUACGCUCCAUCGUACAAUACUGAUAAUUUUAAUUGUGAUCCUUGUCUACAAGGAACGUAUUAUAUAAUUACUUCAAAACUAAAAUUAUAAAAUUGUAAAACCAAUCUUAUAUUGAAAUGCUUCCAUAAAUAAGAAAAUGCAUUUAAA